AUGCAACUGCUUUAUCUACCAAAUGAGUUACUCCGAGAUAUAUCGGAAUACUUAGAAUCCGAGAGAGAUGUCAACGCCCUUGCACAAGCCAACCGCCGCCUUUACGAUCUCCUAGAUAGCUACCUCUACUGCUACAAUGUACAACAAUCUGGAAGCUCAGCGCUGUUGUGGGCUGCCCAACAUGGCCAAAAGGAGACGGCGCAAAAGUCGUUGAGGGAAAAAGCCAAUAUAGAGGCCACAAAUGAUGAUGAAGAGACACCGCUGUUGUUGGCGGCAAAAAGUGAGCAUAAGCAGGUAGUAAAGCUGCUGGUUGACAAGGGCGCCGACAUUAACGCGCAGGGUGGACUCUACGGCAACGCACUCCAGGCGGCUUCAUCUGGAGGCCACGAGGCGGUGGUGAGGCUGCUGCUCGACAAGGGCGCCGACGUCAACGCGCAGGGUGGACUCAACGGCAACGCACUCAACGCGGCUUCAUCUGGAGGCCACGAGGCGGUGGUGAGGCUGCUGCUCGACAAGGGUGCCGACGUUAACGCGCAGGGUGGAUACUUCGGCAACGCACUCCAGGCAGCAGUUAGCCACCAGACGGUGGUGCAGCUGCUGCUCGACAAGGGCGCCGACGUCAACGCGCAGGGUGGACACUACGGCAACGCACUCCAGGCGGCUUCAUCUGGAGGCGACGAGGCGGCGGUGAGGCUGCUGCUCGACAAGGGCGCCGACGUUAACGCGCAGAGUGGACUCUACGGCAACGCACUCUACGCGGCUUCAGGUAGAGGGUGCGAGCAGAUAGUCAAGAUGCUGCUCGACAAGGGCGCCGACGUUAACGCGCAGGGUGGACUCUACAGCAACGCACUCUACGCGGCUUCAGGUAGAGGCUGCGGGCAGAUAGUCAAGAUGCUGCUCGACAAGGGCGCCGACGUCAACGCGCAGGGUGGAGUCUAUGGCAACGCACUCCAGGCGGCUUCAUCUAGAGGCGACGAGGCGGUGGUGAGGCUGCUGCUCGACAAGGGCGCCGACGUCAAUACGCAGGGUGGACACUACGGUAACGCACUUCAGGCGGUUUCGUCUAGAGGCCACGAAGCGGUGGUCAAGAUGCUGCUCGACAAGGGCGCCGACGUCAACGCGCAAGGUGGAGUCUAUGGCAACGCACUUUACGCGGCUUCGUCCGGAGGCCAUGAGGCGGUGGUAAAGCUGUUAGUGGCAUGGGGUGCCGAGUCAGCAUGA